CGCCAGCGGCUCCGUGGCCGACUCGGUCCCGCGGCUGGCGGAGCGGGCGCGCGCGUCGGGGGUCGCGCGGUGCCGAGUAGGGCGAGCGCGCGCCGGGAGGGAGUGGAGGCGUCGGGGGGCGGGUGUACGGCUCGCUGGCUCGCAAGAUGGCGGACGAGGACGGGGAAGGGAUUCACCCCUCAGCCCCUCACAGGAACGGAGGCGGCGGCGGCGGUGGGGGGUCUGGGCUCCACUGCACCGGGAACGGCGGCGGGGGCGGCGGCGGCCCGCGGGUGGUGCGCAUCGUCAAGUCCGAGUCCGGCUACGGCUUCAACGUGCGGGGCCAAGUGAGCGAGGGCGGGCAGCUGCGGAGCAUCAACGGCGAGCUGUACGCGCCGCUGCAGCAUGUGAGCGCCGUGCUGCCCGGGGGAGCGGCCGAUCGGGCCGGGGUGCGCAAGGGGGACCGCAUCCUGGAGGUGAACGGCGUGAAUGUUGAGGGGGCGACACACAAGCAGGUGGUGGACCUGAUCCGAGCAGGCGAGAAGGAGUUGAUCUUGACAGUGCUGUCUGUCCCUCCUCAUGAGGCAGAUAACCUAGAUCCCAGUGACGACUCGUUGGGACAAUCAUUUUAUGAUUACACAGAAAAGCAAGCAGUGCCCAUAUCGGUCCCCACAUACAAACAUGUGGAACAGAAUGGUGAGAAGUUUGUGGUAUACAAUGUUUACAUGGCAGGCAGGCAGCUGUGUUCUAAGCGGUACCGGGAGUUUGCCAUUCUCCACCAGAACCUGAAGAGAGAGUUUGCCAACUUCACAUUUCCUCGACUUCCAGGGAAGUGGCCUUUCUCAUUAUCAGAACAGCAAUUAGAUGCCCGACGUCGGGGGUUGGAAGAAUAUCUAGAAAAAGUAUGUUCAAUACGAGUCAUUGGUGAGAGCGACAUCAUGCAGGAAUUCCUAUCGGAAUCAGACGAGAACUACAAUGGUGUGUCCGAUGUUGAGCUGAGAGUAGCAUUGCCAGAUGGAACAACAGUGACAGUCAGGGUCAAAAAGAACAGUACUACAGACCAAGUGUAUCAGGCUAUUGCAGCAAAGGUUGGCAUGGACAGCACAACAGUGAAUUACUUUGCCUUAUUUGAGGUGAUCAAUCAUUCCUUUGUGCGCAAGCUGGCACCUAAUGAAUUUCCUCAUAAACUUUACGUCCAGAACUAUACAUCGGCCGUGCCCGGCACCUGCCUGACCAUUCGGAAGUGGCUUUUUACAACAGAAGAAGAAAUCCUCUUAAAUGACAAUGACCUUGCUGUUACAUACUUCUUUCAUCAGGCUGUCGAUGAUGUCAAGAAAGGUUACAUCAAAGCAGAAGAAAAGUCCUACCAAUUACAGAAGUUGUACGAACAGAGGAAAAUGGUCAUGUACCUCAACAUGCUAAGGACUUGUGAGGGCUACAAUGAAAUCAUCUUCCCCCACUGUGCCUGUGACUCCCGAAGGAAGGGACACGUUAUCACGGCCAUCAGCAUCACGCACUUUAAGCUGCAUGCCUGCACUGAGGAGGGACAGCUGGAGAACCAAGUGAUAGCAUUCGAAUGGGAUGAGAUGCAGCGAUGGGACACGGAUGAAGAAGGAAUGGCCUUCUGUUUUGAAUACGCACGGGGAGAGAAGAAGCCGCGAUGGGUGAAGAUCUUCACACCAUAUUUCAAUUACAUGCACGAAUGCUUUGAGAGGGUGUUCUGCGAGCUCAAGUGGAGAAAAGAGAACAUUUUCCAGAUGACGAGGUCACAGCAGAGGGAUGUAGCCACCUAGCCUUUCCUUGUCCCCUGCCCUUCCCCUCGCCCUCAUUUUCUCAUUCCCUUCAGCUCCCGUGUCAGAGUAACCAUUAAC